GACUUGCAUCGGCUUUCUCGCCAGGGCCGAGUUCACAGCCGCGCUCCCUUCUCAGGACCGACCCGGAUCGCAUCCAUCCACAGCAUUGCGCAUAUAUGGGUCGACCAAAAGCAAGCACGGCUUCGAGGAGCCAGCAGGCUGCUCCCACCGUCUUUGUCAUCGACGACAGCGACAGCGAGCAGGACGCAGAUCCCAGUCACGGAUCCAAUCCGACCAAGUCAACACAAGACGUCCGGCCCUCGACCCCAGCUCCAGCCCCGAUUCCAUCGAUAGCGCAAGCUCUGGUCCUAGCACUGUCUCCGGCCUCAGCUCCGGCUCCAGCUCCGGUCUCAGCUCCAGCUCCGGUCUCAGUUCUAGCUCCGGCUCCAGGUUCGAUCAGCACAUCGCAAUCGUCAACCGGAUCGGCUCAACGGAUCCGAUAUGGAAAGACUGCAUCAAAAGGACCGGGUCAGGGACAAGAGUCGACGUCGGAGCAGGCUGUGAGCGACAUUGACGACGACGAAUUGGUCCAGAGUCUGAAGAAACAGCACCGCCCGAACCGGGUACCCGGCCGAACCAUAGCGCUGCCUCGGGCCUUUAGCGGAGCCGAUUCGUUUCUGACGGCAGACUCGGACGACGAUAUCCUAUUCCAGAAGCCAUCGAGCAGCCAGACGAUUCCGUCCCAGCCAAGCAUUAUCUCGCUCUCGAUCGACUCGUCGUCUGUCGAGUCUGUGCGCUCGGGAAAGAAGCGGGGACGGCCACAAAAAAAUUAUGACCUAUCGCCGCCUCGAAAAGUCUUCAGAGCCCAAGCAUCAGAUCUGUCGAGUGACGAGGACUCGGACUUUAGUAUCAAGGCGACGCCGACAAGGUUGGAGGGUUUAUGGAUGCUGGAGCUGCAGGAGCCUCUAUCGGUGGAAAUCGGGCCAGCAAAGCCAAGCCAAGCUCUCCCAGGCCGUGCCGGUUGCCGAAGCUGUGGUGAUCGACGACUCGGACGACGACGACAUCCCGCGGGCCCUUCCUCGGCCUCGGCCAUUCGUAUCGCCCGAGCCGACCGGGCCGGCCGACUUUCGGUUGCUUUCGAUGGGCUCUCCAACUCUGAGCGAAGCCGACGCUCCAUUUGCACCACUCUCGCCGUCCAAUAUGUCAUUUUCGCUCCCUGAAACACUGCUCGACGAGCCCGAGAUCGAGCAACUCGAUGUUCACCUGACGUGGUUCAGUCAUCAAGGUGGAACAAUCUCAAGC